AUGAAGUACGUUACCAACCUCAUGCAAGUGUCACUACGCAAGUUGGUACCGCUGAUUAAGGCGAUCACUAGUUUAGGCUCGUACAUGAUAAUCCCGCCUCACGGAAUUAAUUACCAUUGUCGAUCCAACUCCAAUUCGGCUAUGCCUCCAAAUUCGCCUCCACAGAAGGGCGUGCCCGGAGUGGGUCAGCAGGAAGAGGAGCGAAUGUGGUCUACUUUCAGCUGUUUGACUGCAGAUAUGGUGUAUCUCCACCAGAACAAUAUCCACCACAAAGAUAUCAAGCUAUCUAACAUUCUCCUCUUGCAAGAUGGGCCAUGGCUUACAGCAUACGGCGUUCUGGAGUUCUUUAAUUACAAGAAAAGUGCUUUGGUCAAGGCGCCCGCACCCUACAUCAAAAGUACUUGCAUUACGGAUAUCCGUGGCUCCAUAGCUCCUGCUGUGAUCUCUGGUUUGAGAGAGAAUUCAACUUGGAUAAAGAACGAAUCGAGACGUUAG